AUGUCUUCCAGACACAAAGUACCUCAGUCGUCAAGAGAGAACACAGACGCCACCAUCGUCAAGAGCAAGGAUACACUUCACGGGCUUCAGAGACAAGUCACCUCCGUCGAAAGAUGGCGAGGAUCUAACCGACCAAAAGACUUGGUAGAAAACAGAUCCGGACGUUUCUACGUACUAAAUAAGUCAGAAGCUGAAUUCCAGCGGUACCUGUUGCCGCUUGACGACUCUCUCUUGGCUGGCACGGUGGAAGACUCCGGGGACGACUUCCUUGACCAGAAGGAUGACGAAAAGGAUGACGAAGAUUCUUACCUUCGGCUCGAGGAAAGUUCUGAUGAUGACACCGAUGACUUUCAAUCUUCCCUGGACGAACGCUUCAUCGACUCUAGUGGGGGAGGCGACGCUGAUGAGGAAGAAAACAUCGACUUCGAGUUUGGUAACGUCGGUCAUGGUGACAUCCCUGCACCCGUCCUCGCCAUCAGGACGCCGUGGCGACGUCGCUCACCGGCGGCUUUUCUAGAAACAAGGACCACGUCCGCCACGAGACCAAACACAACCGGGGCACAAAGUGCGAAUGGCGCGGGCUCGACCCCACUAGUAAGCAAGGCGGUACCUGUUGCUGUCGGAGGACGCUGCUGUGAGGCGUCAAUGCCUUUGGCGAUGAUGGUGACGAACGGCUCAAACAAAGACGGGGCUGUGGACAGGAACAAUUAUAGGGACGGCGCUGAUUAUAACUCAGCGGCUCAACAAUGCAGCGAUGACAUCUUCGAGGACCAGCCCUCUGAAACCCCGUGGUUGCAUGAACUGAGAAUGACUAUCACGGAGCGUCUGCACGAGCUGACUGAACGGCUGUACAACACUAUUGUCCGAACCGUGAUGGAGGACCAGCCCUCUGAAUCCCGUGGUUGUAUGAGCGGGCGAUCGCCUCCGAGUGCUGAGCUGGAGUUGACCGAGGGAGGCAGUAUUGACGCAGGGCGAUAUCUUUUCGGGUUGUGA